GUCCGCGUUCGACUAGCGUUCUAGUGGGUUGUGUUUGUGCUUUGAGUGAUAAAUAAGAAGUACAUAUUACGAAUUUUAUUUGUUUUGUGUUUGACAGUGAAUGUGGCUCCACUAAAAUCAAUAUACUAUCGUUUGGAUUGUUUUAGUCGGUGCCAGAUCACGGAGGUAUGAAAGAUGAGUUAAGCGCGCGACACACGAUGCGCGCGUGGCUCGUGCUGUGUCUGGUGGCCAGCGCGCGUGCCCAGGCGUGUCCGUGGGCAUGCGCUUGUCGCCCCAGUGUGGCCGACUGCGCCCACCGCGGGCUGAUACACGCGCCACGCUCCGUGCCGGCCGACGUGCAUCGCUUAGACCUGCAGGGAAACAACAUUACCAUCAUAUUCCAAAGUGACUUUCAAAAGUUGAAGGAUCUCAAAAUCUUGCAAUUGUCAGAGAAUCAAAUUCAUACGAUCGAACGAGACGCCUUUCUAGAACUCAACUCGUUGGAGAGACUAGACUUGAGUCGAAAUGAGUUGACAGCUAUCAGUCGGAGGACUUUCCGUGGUCUGACGGCGCUGAAGAGUCUCCACCUGGAUGGAAACCAGCUCAAGUGUCUCGAUGAGAAGGCGCUGGAACAACUUAAGAGCUUGGAGGUUCUGACCCUGAACAACAACAACUUGACGUAUCUGUCGCUGGAAGCCGCGUCCGUAGCUCGUCUCCACACCCUGAGGCUGCUCGAUAACCCCGUGGUCUGUGACUGUCGGGUUGCCCGGCUUGCGGCCGCCGUCAGAGCUGCAGGGAUACUUGGAGUCGGGGCGAGGUGUCAAGCACCGGCUGCUAUGCGCGGUGCCUUACUCACGGAGUUGGAUGCUCACGAACUUAUUUGUAACGGUCCUCAGACCGCGAUAACUGCUGAAUGUUCUGCUGAGCCGCGCUGCCCGCCUCCUUGCCGCUGCUCUGCUGACGGCACCGUGGACUGCAGAGAGAAGCUGCUGUACUCCUUACCGACCAGCAUCCCUCACCGAGCGACAGAGAUCCGCCUUGAACAGAACGAGAUAACAGAAGUUGUUUCUGGAGCCUUCUCCGCGGUCAAGAGAGUAGCCCGGAUAGAUUUGUCGAACAACAAGAUUACAAAGGUAGCGGGAGAUGCAUUCAACGGCCUUGUUCACUUAACUUCCUUAGUGUUGUAUGGCAAUAAAAUCAAAGACCUGCCAUCGGGAAUAUUCCACGGGCUGUCUUCACUGCAGCUAUUAUUACUAAAUUCCAACGAAAUAUCGUGCGUGCGGAAGGAUACCUUUCGAGAUCUGCAGAACUUAAAACUACUGUCCUUAUAUGACAACAACAUACGAACAUUACCCAACGGUAGUUUCGAUUCUCUGACUGGAAUUCAGACACUGCAUUUAGGUCGCAAUCCGUUCGCCUGUGAUUGUUCCCUGCGAUGGCUCGCUGUGUAUCUCCGACGAAACCCGAUUGAAACGUCUGGAGCCAAGUGUGAUUCGCCCAAACGUAUCAGCAGGAAGAGAAUAGACGCCCUGAGGGAAGAGAACUUCAAGUGUAAACCUGGUGAAGAUACAGUUGAAGCGUGUGGUGACGAGCCCCCGUGUCCAACAGCCUGUGCCUGCGCCCGGGGCACCUGGGGCAGAGGCCUACGAGUGUCCUGCGCUCGGGCUUCGCUGGCAGAGAUACCUCGAGACUUGCCGUUAGACACUCAUACCUUGACCAUGCCAGACAACAGCCUGGGCAAAAUAACAUCGGAUGGACUGUUUGGUCGCCUGCCAGAUCUCACCAAAUUGGACUUCAAAAAUAAUGGCAUAACAGUGAUAGAGGAUAAUGCUUUCGACGGCGCUGCCAACAUCCAAGAGCUGCUGUUGGAUGGUAACCUGCUGCACACUGUUACAGACAAGAUGUUCUUCGGCCUGCACAGCCUCACCACCCUUUCGCUGGCAGACAAUAAGAUCACCUGCAUCGCUCCAGGAUCCUUCGAUCAUCUCACGCUGUUGACUACUUUAACGCUAUCGGGGAAUCCCCUACAGUGCACGUGUCAUAUAUCGUGGCUAGCAAGCUGGCUGCGAGCCCGUCGUCUCGUCACGUCAGCCACGUGUCACUACCCGCCGCCGCUGCGAGACACGGACAUCACUCACCUUGAGAUAGCCGACUUUAAAUGUGCCCCGGAGGACGUGGGUUGUCUACCGCCAGACUACUGCCCCGUGGGGUGCUCUUGUACAGGGAGCGUGGUUCGAUGCGCGCGAGGCAAGCUCACCACUGUGCCGUCGAGGAUACCACCCUACACCACCGAGCUAUAUCUUGAAUCUAAUGAGUUGACGAGUAUAUCUUCGGAGCAAGUGAAGCACCUAGUCCACCUGACCAGGCUGGACUUGUCCAACAACAAGAUCAGCGUCCUGUCCAACAACACAUUCGAGGCGCUCACCAAACUGUCCACACUCAUCGUGAGCUACAACCGACUGCGAUGUGUACAGCGUGAUGCUCUCAAAGGUCUUGGUCAGCUGCGGGUGCUCUCCCUCCACGGGAACAAUAUCUCCAUGCUCGCUGAUGGAGUCUUCAGGGAUCUGGAGUCCAUAUCUCAUGUGGCUCUAGGUUCAAACCCGUUAUAUUGCGACUGCUCAAUGCGUUGGCUUUCUGAGUGGGUAAAGUCGGGUGCAGAGUUUGUGGAGCCAGGGAUAGCGCGGUGUGCGGCACCUGCCAGGAUGAAGGACAAACUACUGUUGAGCACAAACCCCACCGCCUUCCUGUGUCAAGGUGAUCCCCCAGUGGAAGUAGUGUCCAAGUGCAACAAGUGCUACCGCAACCCGUGUGCCAACGGCGGCACGUGUUCGCCGACGGCAGCCGGCGGGCGCCAAUGCGCAUGCGCGCGCGGCUUCCACGGCGACACGUGCCAGCUGCAGAUCGACGCCUGCUACGGCUCGCCCUGCGCCUUCGGCUCCUGUCAGCUGCUGGAGGAGGGGAGAUUCCACUGCGCGUGUUCCGCUGGUUACACAGGGGUUCGCUGCGAGGUGAACAUCGACGACUGCGUGUCCAACAAGUGCCAGAACAACGCCUCGUGUCUGGACCACCUGGAAGGGUACACCUGCAAGUGUGCGCCUGGAUUCAUGGGAGAGUACUGCGAGAAGAAGAUUCCGUUCUGCACGGCGGAGUUCAACCCUUGUGCCAACGGCGGCUCGUGUGUGGACCACGGCAGCCACUACACGUGCUCCUGUCCCAGGGGCUACUCCGGACAGAACUGCACCGUCAACGCCGACGACUGUGUCAACCAUAUGUGCCAGAACGGUGCCCGCUGUAUCGACGGUCUGGACGAGUACCGCUGUGAGUGCGGCGCGGGCUACGCGGGGAGGUACUGCGAGGCUGCGCCCCACGCCGCCCUCGGGACUUCGCCCUGCGCCCACCACGACUGUGUGCACGGCGUGUGCUACCUGCCAGCCGCGCUAGCCGUGCAGGAUGACAUCAUGAUGGAGAGGCCCCUGCUGGCACCUGCUAACGACUACCUCUGCAAAUGUGCACCUGGAUACUCUGGCCGACUCUGCGAAUACCUAACCUCACUUACGUUCAGCUACAACGACUCCAUGGUAGAAAUGGAACCACUUCGAACAAACCCACAAGCCAACGUCACCCUGGUGUUCAGCACGAAGCAACAGCACGGCGUGUUGAUGUACUUCGGAGACAACGAGCACCUCGCUGUGGAGCUUUUCAACGGCAGGAUCAGGAUCAGCUACGAUGUGGGCAACCAUCCUACUUCCACCAUGUACAGUUUCGAGAUGGUGUCUGACGGAGCGUACCAUAAAGCCGAGCUGCUCGCCUUCAACAAGAACUUUACUCUUCGCGUGGACGAUGGGCCCGCUAGAUCCAUCAUCAACGAAGGGAGUAAGGAGUACCUGCGUCUUGAGAGACCCAUGUUUCUGGGAGGAGUGCCAGAGGAUAUCGCCAAAGAAGCCUUCAGCAAGUGGCACCUUAGGAAUAUCACCAGCUUCAAAGGUUGUAUGAAGGAAGCGUGGAUAAACCAUAAACGUGUUGACUUCGUAAACGCGGCGAGGAUGGUGCGAACGGGCGCGGGGUGCGGGGGCGACACGGAGGGGGCGGACUCGGGGGGCGCGGGGGGACCCGCCACCAUGAUGGAGGACGGAGCCAGUGGACCCGACCCAUGCAUCCCGAACCCGUGCGCCCGCGGUGGUCGCUGCGUGCGGGAGGAGGGCUCCAAGUCGGACUACACGUGCCGCUGUCGCCCUGGUACCGCCGGCGCGCAGUGUGAGCUGCUGACAUCACUAGCAGGUCCCGUUCUGAGCCAGAAUAAAGCACCACCCCGUAAGCUGAUCAGCAACGUUCAAGCCUCUCCUGCAGCUCCUGUCAAGAAAUCUGAUCAAGGUACAGCUUCGAAUACCGCCGGAGCAGCUUGUAGAAAGGAAGCGACACGGGAGUUUGUGACUGAAGGUCGGUGCCGCAGCAGACGCGUGGUACGAGGUGCUCGAUGUGUGUCAGCGAGGAAUAACGCGUGCGGACGAUCUGGAUGCUGUAUCUCCAGGAAGACUAAGAAGAGAAAGAUUCGCUUGGUUUGUUCCGACGGUACUCGAUACACCAAAGACAUAGAAAUCGUACGGAAAUGCGCUUGCGGCAAGAAAUGCACCAGGAACACACCAUUCUUGCACUGAGGCUGCCAGAUUCCUAACUUAUAGCCUAUACUAUAACACGAUCACAUUAUCUGUGCACCUAGCUGUAAUGCUAUUCUCCUCGCGGUACGCCUUUGUACGGUCAGCAUACACCAUUUCUUUGUAUUUAUUUUUCUAGUUAUAUUCUUUUUAAAUUUUGUAUACUAUCAUCUAUUAUUGUUAUUAAAACAAUUGACUUACUCCUUUUAUUAACCUAGCAAUAUUUUUUAUAAUAAUAAAGGGUACACACAGACAAUAAUUCUAUUAACCUUUUAUUGCAUUUAUUAUUACAAGCAAUAAUACAGUUUUUUUAAUAUCCAUUAUGGUUUUAUUAUUAUAUUAUAUCCUUUAUGGAUAUUCAAAAAAAAACUAUAUUAGUUUGAAAAAUGAUAAUUGACAAACAGAUUAGUUUUUCUAUUAAUUUUGUUUCGAUAUUUGUCAAAUAUGUCAAAAAGAUGUUAUAGUAAUAAAUAUAUGAUGCUUAUUUUUCCCACCGUACUACAAUGACGUCAGGUGCACAGAUAACGUGAACGAAUUAUAGGUAUCGAGUUAAGUAGACUAUCGUUUAGGGUUGCCAGCUAAAUUAUCUCCAUCUUUCUAUAUAAUUGUGUUGCCAUUAUUUAAGAAAUUUUAAUUACUUGAGAUUACUUUCAUUAUUUAUAUUAUACACUGCCACAAAUAGAAGUAGACGUAUAUUAACUAUGUUAUUUAAUAGGAAAGCUAUUUAUUUUAUAUAAUAGGGCUAUGGCGGACGGACUGUAAAAAUUAAUGGCAAUUUAUCUAAAAUGGUAGUUUUUUCUACCAGCAUUUAAGUUACUGUUACCGCAUCUAUUCUGAAGACUUUGGCCUGAUUCAUGCUGCAAACAGCUUUCGUCAUAAACUUAUUUUCCCAUUUGGAUAUGUGGCUUUCCUCUAAAAAAAACUUUGUUGGUACCUAUAGAAAGUGACUUGACGGCCGCUGCUGAUAAAGUAUUUUAUUAUUAUUGUGCAAUUAUGUAUUUAUGAUUUCUCUUAAAAAUAUCAUUAAUGACAAUUAAAAUAUUUUGUAUUGUAUUUAAAACGAUGUAAUAACAUCGACAGUUUUACUAAUAGAACACCAAAAAAAACCGAACCCCACAAAUAAUCUUCACGGAGAUAUUCCAAACAUAACACUCCUCUUAAGUCAGCUGUGGUCCGUUCGGUAAGUUUUUAUUAUAACGCCAUCUGUUGACUUAUAGCCGAAGGUGAGGGACACAUAAGGCAUGAACGUUGAUCAGCAAUUUUUGACUAUUAUGACCAUAAUAUUAUGAUAUGCUACAAUCCGUCUGCCAUAGUUUUUAGUUAAAAUUAAGCGCUGUUUAAAUAUGUUGCUAAUUAUAGUUAUAGACGUAUGAUAAUGUAACGUAAGAAUUAAUCUAUUAUACCUAAGUGAAUAUAUCGUACAAUUAUUCACUUAAAUAAAGUAGUAACGGCCUAAACUUGUUAGAUACAUUACAUAUGUAACCAGAGACUACGAAUAAAGUAGAACGCGAGUUUUACCGCCAUUUUUAUUUGUAGUGAUAACUGACAGCUCUCAGUUUACUGUUAGCAAAAUAAAAAUAUAUGUACCUAAUUGGAAGAUAACAAUAUUAAGACUUUUUGUUUUUAAAAUAAGCAGUGAAUUUUGUAAUAAAUUUCAUAAUUUUUUUAUAUUAACUUACCAUUCAUAUAGAGACGUAUAGCAUAGCUGCAAAAUUUUCUGUUAUUUCAAAUUUAUUACAAAUUAAUUCGAAAUUAUUCUUAAAUCAUCUUAUAUUUUUGUCAUUCAAACUCACUUUAUAGAGCUAGAGUAUUGUUAAAAAAAAAUAUAUAAGAUAUAAAAUGUAACCUCAAUUUUUAUAACCUAUUUAUAUCAUAUAGUAAAAUAAUGUAUUAACCCCAAUUAAGAUAUUAAGUUAUAGAUAGAACCUAUUAUUUAGACAGAGCGUAAAUAAAGAGGAUUUUCAGCAUUAGAAAUAACGACGACAUUAUCGUAAAAAAUAUUUCGUCAAGAUAUGCGAGCGGCCAUUUUGAUUAUGACAAAUGACAACUAUAAUCUCUACUUUAUUAAUGUUCUGUGGUGUUUUAUAGCUUUUAUCGUUGAUAUAGCCCAGGAGGCUUUAGCAUAGCGGCCUAUUUAUAAAUUUAUUUUUAAUAUUAGCGUAGCUAAAUAUAAUUAUAAGGCAGCGUCUGCAUUUUUUUUAAUCUGUCGACAUGCGAUUGCGUAUCGCAGAUUCUUGAUUUUCGAGUUGAAAAAAAAUUUAUCCAGAAAACAAAAAAUAAUGCCAUGCGACAUAACAAUUAAUAACCAAUUUUUGUGUUAUGACUGUUUUUUUAAUAUCCAAGAAAACUAAUUUAAAUGGUUGUAAAUAUUUCAAACGUUCAUUUUUGAAUUAUAACAUUCUAUAUUUUUCUUUACUAUGUGGAUGUCAGAUUAAAUAUUACAAACAGGCUUUCGCAAUAUGAUUUACUUAUCUACAGCUGUUAUAAAUAUUAUGAGAGUGACCCAAUCUAUAUUAUGGGUCGCUUAUCGCCGCGCAAUGAGUUAGAUGGUACGAGGUGCGCAGGUGUUGUCAAGCGCAAGCUGUUCAGAAUUUUACAUGUUUAUGGCAUUUAAAAACAAUUUUUUUCUGCAGCAACUCAAUUUUCAAUGUAAUCAUCACGCCAUCUUUAAAUUGUUUAUCGUCAUUAUUGACGAAUACUUACCAAUAGGGUUUUAUACCAAUACGUACCAUAUAAUAACUAAAAGUUCAACAAUGAAAAAAAAAAUAUUAUAACGUGCUUUUUCGUUUUCGUAAAGCUUAAAUGUAUAUGUAGAGUUAUGUAUUUUAAUUAUAAUAGAUGCAUUCCGUACCUAUUUAUUAAAAUCCUACCAAUUUGGUAGUUUCGCUAAGGUGUCGUGACAACGCAUUUAUGUACUUUGUAUCGUCAGUAUUAUUUUAUGCAUCUAUAUAGAAUCUGCUCGUUAAUUAUUACCAAAUUCUACCAUUGUAGUAAUUUCUGAAUGGAUUUUCGGUGGAUUUAGAAUAAGUUUAUGAAUUAAGCUUUCAUAUAAGCGUCGUGUGCGCUUUUAAUUGUAUGGUAAUGAAUUGUCUAUAUACUUUAUAAUUUAUUUGAUGUAAUAAAGUGAACGUUAGAUAU